UGUAGUUGGGAUAUGUUUUGUUUUCUCUCGAAUAGUUGAGCCCCAUAUGGGGGUUGGCAGGCAACAGAGAGGACCCUUUCAAGGUGUUCGUGUGAAGAACUCAGUGAAGGAACUCUUGCUGCACAUUCGAAGUCAUAAACAGAAGUCUUCUGGCCAAGCUGUGGAUGAUUUUAAGACACAAAGUGUGAACACUGAGCAAUUCACAGAAUUGAACUCAGUGUCAUAUAGUGGAAAAAGAAAAGGACCUGAUUUUAUGUCUGAUGGACCAUCUUGCAAAAGGCCACCCCUGUUGCAUACCCAGUUUUUGACACCACCUCAAACACCAACACCUGGUGAGAGCAUGGAAGAUGUUCAUCACAGUGAAUCUAAACCAGACAGCAGUGCUGAUCUGCUUCAGAACAUUAUAAACAUUAAAAAUGAAUGCAGCUCAGUUUCCCUGAACACAGUCCAAGUUAGCUGGAUGAGCUCUGUGGUGCCCCACAACUCCCCACAAGAGCAGUGUCAGAACUUCCCUGAACCAGGGCAGGUCUUCUCUUCACCUCAAAAGUAUCAAGUGUUCCAAGUCAGCAGCUCUCCACAAAUGAUGGACCAGGCUUCCAUGUACCAGUUUUCUGCACAGAGCCAGAACAUAGAGCAUCAGCAUCCGCAGCAUCCGCAGCAGCAGCAGCAGCAGCAGCAGCCACAGCAUACCCACAACCCAACUCUGGAAUAUAGCCCUUACUUUAGAACUUCUCAGUCCCCCAACUAUGAACCAAAUCUCUUUGAGAGUCAAGAACCACAGUUCUGCCUAAACCCAAGUUUCACAUCUCUUGUAAGUGGUCAUGGGGGAUCUGAGAAUAUUGCUGUUCCCAUUCAGACUUUCCCCAGUGUCCAGCAACAGAAUGAUGCUCACUUGCAGAACUUCAGCGUGAUGUUAAACAGUGCUUGUGAGGCCAGGGGGGCACAUAAUACUGACUCUACCUCUUCAAGCACUUCACUGCCAUUUCUGAACAUCAACAGAAAUCCAAUGAACACCACUCAAUUGGGGAAGUCAUUUUUUCAGUGGCAAGUAGAGCAAGAAGAAAGCAAGUUGGCAAAUAUUUCUCAAGACCAGUUUCUUUCAAAGGACGCAGAUGGUGACACGUUUCUCCAUAUUGCUGUUGCCCAAGGAAGAAGAGCACUUUCCUAUGUUCUUGCAAGAAAGAUGAAUGUACUUCACAUGCUAGAUAUUAAAGAGCACAAUGGACAGAGUGCCUUUCAGGUGGCAGUGGCUGCCAAUCAGCAUCUCAUUGUGCAAGAUCUGGUAAACCUUGGGGCUCAGGUGAACACCACAGAUUGCUGGGGAAGAACACCGCUGCAUGUCUGUGCGGAGAAGGGCCACUCCCAGGUGCUUCAGGCAAUUCAGAAGGGAGCAGUGAGGAGCAAUCAGUUUGUGGAUCUUGAGGCAACUAACUAUGAUGGCUUGACUCCUCUCCAUUGUGCAGUUGUGGCCCACAAUGCUGUGGUACAUGAACUUCAGAGAAAUCAACAGCCUCAUUCACCUGAAGUUCAGGAGCUUUUACUGAAGAAUAAGAGUCUGGUUGACACCAUUAAGUGUCUGAUUCAAAUGGGAGCAUCAGUAGAAGCAAAGGAUCGUAAAAGUGGCCGCACAGCUCUGCAUUUGGCAGCUGAAGAAGCAAAUUUGGAACUCAUCCGCCUCUUUUUGGAGCUGCCCAGUUGCCUGUCUUUUGUGAAUGCAAAGGCUUACAAUGGAAACACCGCUCUCCAUGUUGCUGCCAGCCUGCAGUACCGGGUUACACAGUUGGAUGCCGUCCGCCUGUUGAUGAGAAAGGGCGCAGACCCAAGUACCCGGAACUUGGAGAAUGAACAGCCUGUGCAUUUGGUUCCUGAUGGCCCUGUGGGAGAACAGAUCCGACGUAUCCUGAAGGGAAAGUCCAUUCAGCAGAGAACAGCACCAUAUUAGCUCCAUUGAUUUGGAGCCUGGUCGGCAACCCUCACUGUCAGUUAGGCAGUCCUAAUGUAUCUGUACAUAGACCAUUUGCCCUGUAUUGGCAAAUGUAAGUUGUUUCUAUGAAACAAAUAUAUUUAGUUCACUAUUAUAUAGUGGGUUCUAUUAAAAGAAAAGAAGAAAAAUGUUUAAUUUUUUUGGAAGAUUUGCAUAUUUCAUACCCAGAUAUUUGGGAUCUAGACAUUUGAAUUUAAUAUGAAUGGUAAAAUUACAUUAAAUUAAUAAUAGUAUUUGGGCAGGAAAAGAUUGAUUUGUGGUAUAAGGCAUUGCUUGUGCAGCUGUUGCCAGUUGCAAUGCAGAAUUGUAAACAUUUCUUUAAGAAAAAUGAAAGCAUUUGAAAGGAGAAAAAAUAAUCUGGGUAUAGGGUUUAGGCUUCUUUUGGCCUGGCAGUUAUUGGCAUUGACAAGUUUCUAGUCAUUGGACUACAUGAAAAGGCAUCUUGGUUAGGAUUUGACCUUUGCAAACUGUAUAAAUAGUUAUUUUUGUUUUUAAAAAUAUUUGUACAUAUUUAGUCAGUAAUGUAGACAUUUGAAAUAAAUCAGUAAGUAGAAAAGAACAAGUGAAUUGUCACUACUUUUAAAAAUUGUACACAUUUAAAGGAGCUAUUAUUGUGUAAUCACCCAA